AUGUGGUCUCUCUCGGCCUUUAAAAGGACCCAACGUAUCUCCCAGAUUUUGGGCAAGGCAACAAACAUAAUCAACUUAAAUCUUAUCUACUUUCUAUUUCUUUUUAAAUCAAAAUUACCGUUCUUGACUAUGGCGAAGUGGUUUUUCACUAUCUUCUUGGUUUUUGCCCUAGCAGCAGCUUUAGCUUGUGGUGCAAGAAACGUCCCAGUAGGCCUCUCUGACCAGAAGAACUACCUCGGAUAUGGUGGCGGAUAUUCCGGCGUUGGAGACAAUGGUUUGCCAUUCGGUGGCGUCGGUGGAGGUGUAUCUGGUCCCGGAGGUAAUCUUGGUUAUGGGGGAUUUGGCGGUCUUGGUGGGGGCUUAGGAGCUGGUUUGGGCGGUGGAGUAGGCAGUGGAUUAGGCGGUGGCUUAGGUGGUGGAAGUGGAAUUGGUGCCGGAACCGGUGGAGGAAGUACCGGAGGAGUUCAUUUCCCUUGAGUUGUUACUGUGGUUUUAAGGCGUCAUACGGUCCUUAAGCCAGGUCUAGCUUAAGAUGAUGUCAUAAUAAUAAUUUAUCAUAUCUUUUUAGGGUUUUAAACUUUGGUAUUAUCAUUAGCUGUUUAACGUGCGUCUUAAGUUACUAUAUUUAACGUAUGUUUGAAUCAGUCUAGUGUCUUGUCGUGUGAUGGCUUGGUCUAUUUUCAAAUUCUACUUUGACUUUUUUCGAGUGUUUCACUAAAUGAGUUAAUGCAACAUCUAUGAUUACUUUUCGUUAUUA